GCAAAGCUGCAAUGAACUCAUCAUUUAGUCCAGACUCAGUCUUCAUUUCUAACCCUAAUAACUAGAGUUGGACUUUUCUAAACUUUGUCUACUACACUGUCUGACACAGUGACUUCACCUUACUGCCCUCAAGAAAUAUCUGUGGAGUGAAUGUUGAAUGAGUGACCAUGUAGUUAGCAAGGCUUCCUCGAGGCUGCAGAACCUCCGGGUCAGGCCACGUCACUGAGGCUGCAGGAUCUCCCUUCACAGCCCAGCACACCUCUCUGGACUGUCCCCAGUUGGAGAAUCCAAACGCCUAUCCAGCUUCCGGCUCCUAGGAAAAGUGGAGUUGAGUUGUCAGCAAGAGAGACCAAGUGUAGAAGCCCAGAGUGAAGAUGCCUGCUGAUGUGAAUUUUUCUCAAAAGCCUCAGGUCUUGGGUCCAGAGGAGCAGGAUGGAUCUUGUAGGGCAUCAGUGUCGUUUGAGGACGUGACCAUGGACUUCAGCAGAGAGGAGUGGCAACAGUUGGACCCUGCCCAGAAACGCCUGUACCAGGAUGUGACUGAGCUCUAUAGCCACCUCUUCUCAGUGGGGUAUCAGAUUCCCAACCCAGAUGUCAUCUUCAGAAGGCUAAAAGAAAAGGAGCCUUGUAUGGAGGAGGCUGAAUUCUCACAUCAGAGGUGUCAAGAAGGGGAGUUACAGGAGAUUUCUAAGAAAGCGUCAUUUCAAAAGGAUAUGGUAGGUGAGUCCACAACAAAUGGUUCAUGGUAUUCCAUUUUAGAAGAACUGAGGCUGGGUGCUGACCGUAGAAAGAGAGAUGAGCAAAAUCAAAUUCAACCCACAAGUCACAGGGCUUUCUUCAACAAGAAAACAUUAAACACAGAAAGCAAUUGUGAAUAUAAGGACCGAGGGAAAAUGGUUCACACGAAGCCCCACCUUGUUUCUUCACAAAAACAACCUAAGAAAUGUUGCUUAUUUACAAAAAGUUUAAAGCUGAACCUAGAAGUGAAUGGUCAGAAUGAAAACAAUGACACAAAACAGCUUGAUGACGUUGUUGGAUGUGGUCAGCUAUUCAGCCACAGCUCUUCCGAUGCUUGCAAUGCAGGAGAGACAUUUUGCAAAGGUAAUCAGUGUAGAAAAGUCUGUGGCUAUAAACAGUCAGUCACCCAACAUCAGAUUCAUACUCAGAAGAAACGAGAUGGAUGUUCUGAAUGUGGGAAGAACUUCAUCCAGAAGUCACACCUGUUUGCCCAGCAGAGAAUUCAUAGUGUAGGAAAUUUCCAUGAAUGUGGCAAAUGUGGAAAAGCCUUCACCCCACAAGUAAAACUCAGUUUAUAUCUGACAGAUCAUACAGGUGAUAUACUCUAUAUAUGCAAAGAAUGUGGGAAGGUCUUUAUUCAGAGAUCAGAAUUGGUUACGCACUAGAAAACUCACACUAGAAAGAAGCCCUAUAAAUGCCAUAACUGUGGAAAAGCCUUUUUCCAGAUGUUAUCUCUCUUCAGACAUCAGAGAACUCACAGUAGAGAAAAACUCUAUGAAUGCAGUGAAUGUGGCAAAGGCUUCUCCCAAAACUCAACCCUCAUUAUACAUCAGAAAAUUCAUACUGGUGAGAGACAGUAUGCAUACAGUGACUGUGGGAAAGCCUUUACCUAGAAGUCAACACUCAGCUUGCACCAGAGAAUCCACUCAGGGCAGAUAUCCUACAUGUGUAUUGAAUGCAGGCAGGCCUUCAUCCAGAAGGCACACCUGACUGUCCAUCAAAGAAACCACACAGGAGAAAAACCUUAUCAGUGCCACAACUGUGGGAAAUCCUUCAUUUCCAAGUCACAGCUUGAUAUACAUCAUCGAAUUCAUACAGGGGAGAAACCUUAUGAAUGCAGUGAUGGAAAAACCUUCACCCAAAAGUCACACCUGAAUAUACACCAGAAAAUUCAUACUGGAGAAAGGCACCAUGUAUGUGGUGAAUGUGGGAAAGCCUUCAAUCAGAAGUCAAUACUCAGCAUGCAUCAGAGAAUUCACACAGGAGAGAAGCCUUACAAAUGCAGCGAAUGUGGGAAAGCCUUCACUUCUAAGUCGCAAUUCAAAGAGCAUCAACGAAUCCACACAGGAGAGAAACCCUAUGUGUGCACUGAUUGUGGGAAGGCCUUCAAUGGCAGGUCAAAUUUCCAUAAACAUCAAAUAACUCACACUAGAGAGAGACCUUUUGUCUGCUACAAAUGUGGGAAGGCUGUUCUCCAGAAAUCAGAGUUGAUUACCCAUCAAAGAACUCACAUUGGAGAGAAACCUUAUGAAUGCCUUGACUGCAGGAAAUUCUUCAGUAAGAAACCACAACUCAAGGUGCAUCAGUGAAUUCACACGGAAGAAAGACCUUACGUGUGUUCUGAAUGUGGAAAGGCCUUCAACAACAGGUCAAAUUUCAAUAAACAUCAAACAACUCAUACCAGAGACAAAUCUUACAAAUUCAGUUAUUCUGUGAAAGGCUUUACCAAGAAAUGAAUUCCUAGUUCAUCAGCAUAUUCAUCAAUGAAAUAUACUCCCUAAGUUUCUUGAAGAAGAGAAAAUCUCAGAAUCAGUCUAAUUGUAUGUUAUUGAAUUCAUGCUUCAGAAAAACUCUAGGAAUGCACUGCAUGUGUGAACACACGACAAAGUCACACUUUAUGUGAGAGAAAUUACUGAAAAAAGAAUAAGCAGAAAUGUCCUUCUUAAUACUGGCCUCAUUAAGGAUUAUAAAUUUUCAUCCUGAGAAGAAACCCAGACUAAUGCAUUGAGAAAAGCCUUUCUGUAAAGAAUGGUACAAGCAGGUUGUUACCAGAUUACAUAAAGUUUGUGGGAAAUUAUAUUAAUGAUAACCCUGUUUAUUGUGGGAUAUCAAUAUUUCUACAGUGCCAACAGAGUAAUAACAGGACAAUAUUAUGUGUGUGUGUGCGUUAUGUAUAUAAAAGCAUAUAUAUCGUAUACAGGUUUAGUAUCCCUUCUCCAAAAUGCCUGGGAUCAGAAGCAUUAUAGAUUUUGGAAUAUUUGCAUUAUAUAUAUUGGUUGAGCAUCCCUGAUCCGAAAAUCCAAGAUGAAAUGCUCCAAUUAGCAUUUCCUUUGAGCAUAAUGUGAGAGCUCAAAAAGCUUCAGAUUUUGGGUUUUCAGAUUAGGGAUACCCAACCUGUAUGUACAUAUAUUUAUGUAUCUGUGUCUGUAUAUAUGCAUAUGCAGAUAUAUGUGUAUGGUCAGGUCAGCAUAUGUGUAUAUGUAUGCCCUCAGUGCAGUGGGGUUUGCCGCAGAAUUCACUGCAUAGCAGGUGUAGGUAGAUUACAGUUAUUUUUUAAAAGAAUCUAAUCUAAUUGUUUUUAUUUAAAAAAUUCCUUAUUGAAUAUUUAUUUCAUGAGAUUGUAUUGAUAAUGAUUAACUCCUUUAUUAUACAUACACAUGAAAGUACAUUUUUUUGGUAAAUGCAUAAAUGAGAUUCUAUAAUGUUUACUGAUCUUUAUAUUAUAGCUUUUCUCUUCUUUUAGGAUUAGCUCAGCUUGGCCCUCCCUUUCCAUCUCCAUCAUCUAUAGUGAGCCUCUCCAUAAAUAAUCAGUGCCAACCAUUAGUCUGUUUCAAGUCUCUGCAUAAUCAGUGCCAGCCAUUAAUCUGGUUCAUAUUGUUACACAGGCCCCUAAACAUACACACCAGGAGUCAACAAACUGUGGCCAUUAGCCAAAUAUGGCCUACCAACUGUUUUUUUAUUUUUUUUAUUUUUAAUAAAAUUUUACUGGAAUA